GCCCUAAGGCUCGAAGAAAUAAAUGAAGAAGUCGGAGGCAACGUCCUCCUAAGGGCGCCUCCUGUGAGGCUCGGACCACGGCUUAGGCUGACGUUGGGAUGGGUGGAUUGGUCGGACUAGCUAGUCCACACGUCCCCGAGGCCGUGGCGUGAGUCCACGUCCGGGUGACGUAAGAAAUCGGGGACCUCGUCUUCGCCGGCGAAGACGCUGUAAAUUGUUUGUUUCGUGUAGCCCUACAAGAAAGGGAGCAUUGUCCGUCAUAAUUUGGUCGUCGGGAUCGUUAAGGACGUGCUUUGGGCGUCUUUUGUCGGGAGGGUCGUUACGGUCGGGGGUAUAUGUUGAUGCCCCAACUACCAGGGGGUUGGGGUGUUUGGUGGCUUUCUCAAAAUAAUUUUUAGAAAGCUGUUUAAAGUAAUAAGCUAUGGUCGGGAGCUGGAGGUCUCUAUGGAGGUCUACAUUACGCACGUACCACGGAGAGCCUGUGGCCAUGCGCAUGAAUUUGUUUUGUAGGACUUGGAGGGGUUUGAGGGAGGAGGGUGGCAAAUGUGCAAAUGCGAUGCAGGCAUAUGGCCGGGUUCCCACUAUGCCGGACCGGCAGAUCUGCCGGAAACCGGACACCGGACAGAGUGUUCACAUUUAAAGCACCUCAGUUGAAUUUGGACCUGUGCCCACAAUGGACGACGAAAUUGUUGUGUUGUGGUGGUGGUGGUACAGAAGGCAAAAUAAAAGAAGAAAGUAUUGGGUACAUCCUAUUUUACGGGAAAGAUUUACACUAGGGACAUUUGAAACAUUGAUGGGUGAACUUAGAAGUGACGGAUCAAAGUUCUUCAAUUAUUUUCGAAUGACAACAACCACUUUUGACGAUUUACUGGGACGACUUUCACCAGGCAUAAGAGUACGAAAUACAAGUUUUAGAGAAUGUAUUUGCCCAGAACAAAGAUUGGCCAUUUGUUUAAGAUAUUUAGCUUCAGGAUGUUCAUUCAAAGAAAUACAUUACUCAUACAGAGUAGGCGUUUCGACAAUAAGUAAAAUAAUAAAAGAAAUGAGCAACGUCAUUUGGGAAAGCCUACAGACAGAUUUUCUUAAGCUGCCUGAUACUGAGAGAGAAUGGGAGGACAUCGCUUUAAGAUUCGAAAGAAAAGCCAACUUUCCUCACUGUAUUGGAGCAGUAGAUGGCAAACAUAUUAGAAUUUUGAAGCCAGCCAAGAGUGGUUCUAUGUUCUUUAAUUACAAGGAAUAUUAUUCUUUUGUAUUAAUGGCAAUUGUCGAUUCAGAGUACCGAUUUAUUUUUAUCAGUGUGGGCUCGUAUGGCAAGGAAUGCGAUUCCACUAUAUUAAAGGAUAGUAUAUUUUGGAAAAAAAUCAAUGAUGGUACUUUAAAUGUACCAAAGCCUCGACCACUUCAUACAAACAUGCACGAGGAAUUACCGUUUAUACUAGUUGGCGAUGAAGGCUUUGCUUUAACACCUAAUCUCCUACGUCCAUAUGGAGGUACACAUUUGAAUAAUGAUAAAAAGAUUUUUAACUAUAGAUUAAGUCGAGCACGAAGGUACGUUGAGUGCGCUUUUGGUAUUCUAGCAAAUAAGUGGCGAAUACUCCAUCGGCCUAUAGAUCUGAACGUAGACACAGCAAUUAAAGUAAUUAAAGCUUGUACAGUCUUACAUAAUUUUGUUAGAGAAAAAGACGGUAUAAAUUUUGAAAGUUACCAAAAUAUAGAAAAUGGACAAGAACAAGAAACGAGACCCGUGGAUCGAAAUGGGUCGACUCGAGGUGGCCCUAAUGCCAAUGCUAUACGGACAGCAUUUACUAAUUAUUUUGUUUCGGAUAUUGGUUCCGUUCCGUGGCAGGCAGCAGCUAUAAAUUAAAAUUUGUGAAUGCAUUUUUAUCAAUAAAAAUAUUUAAAAAACUCA